ACAUAAAAAUCGAAUCCCACCACCAUUACCUUUCCUUUUUGCUUAAUAGAAAAGGAUUCUUCUUCCUCCAUCCACAUAAUAGAAUAACACUCUCUUUGUUGACGUCUCACCUUCUCCUCAUCCUCCCCCUCGUAAUUUUGGUUUCUCUAACCUCGUAAUGUAAUUGACACUAUGGAGUCGAUUUCUCCGGUGACGAAUCAAACCUCUGUUGAUUACGAUCAACCACGGCGUAAACAACGUAAGAAGAAGAAAGCUUAUUCGUCGCAACCACAACCACCGUCUCAAUCAUCUGUUGAGAAAUGGAGAUCGGAGAAGCAACAACAAAUCUACUCUACUAAUAUCAUUCAAUCUUUAAGGGAGCUCCGGAUUAGCUCAGCCGCCAAACCGUCGUCGUCUACGUCUCCUCGCGGCAGAGGUGGUGUAGCCGUACGAGACACUGCUUAUAGAUCACUGGCGGUUACGGCGAGAGGAAGAACACUGUGGAGCAGAGCUAUAUUGUCUAAAGCCGUGAAGCUCAAGUUCAGGAAACAGAACCGGUCGAGAGAUUCGAUAACCACCGGGAAUGUUUAUAACCGGUUAAGCAAAAAAAGAGCGACGGUUAUGAGGUUGAAGGGGAAAGGUAGGCCAGCUGUACAGAGGAAGGUGAAGCUGCUCAGCCGGUUAAUUCCCGGUUGCCGGAAACAACCGUUGCCUGUGGUUUUGGAAGAAACCACCGAUUAUAUUGUUGCCAUGGAGAUGCAGAUUCGAGCUUUGAAUGCAUUGAUUUCCGCCGUUGCGCCGCCACAUCCUCCACCGCCGGAGACAGGUCAUGAUGGGGAUGAAACACACAUGCUCUAUUAGCUUGGCCCAACUGUCCUUUUCUGAUUUUUUAAAAACAUUUAUUUUUGUUAUUUCAUCAUAGUUUUUUUUCUUUGCUAUUUUAUUAUUAUGAGUUUUAUGUAUGUAAUGAUUCAACAUUCUAAUAUGUAUAUCCAUCCUUUUUUCUUGAAUCACUCUGGAAACAAAACACAAGAAUGGUGAGAAGCGAUGUUCUUGAAUAUUAAAUGGAAGAAUUUGUAAUGUUUGUGCUGA